GCAGAAAACAGCGAGCACAAUAUUUAAAACCGCAGUUGCAUCAGUAGACAUUGGUUUUUAACCGAGUAAGGUAGAUCAGUGACGCGCGUGACGCAUUUUUCAUCAUCAUCUCGAUCAUCGUACAUUUAGACAGCAUCGUUAUGUUGCGCGAGCCUUAUUCUGAUCUGCCGAAGACAUUUGAAUAAUGCAUAAUAAUGCGUGCUGGAUCUGCGACACACGCGUUCCCGAAAAGACUGAUUUGGUAUUUACGAACUGAAAUGGGGAUUUACUGGUCAUCAUGUUCUGCGCGUCCGCGAGGAGAUUCUGCAGGGCUGAGCAUCCAUGAUGCAAUCCCAAUAGAUGUAAUGUUUUCACGUUUUACCUAGCUUUUUGUCGUUGUCAUCAUAAUUUCAGAGCGUUGUGACCAGAUGAGUUUUAUUCAGUGAAAGAUGUUUCAUCAUGGUGAUAAAGAAGGCAAGAAAUCUGCAUUUGGACCUCCUGUCUACGGCCGGGUUGUUCUCUCGAUUAUCCUCCCCCUCUUCGUCCUCCCUCCUUUUCUGGUCACCGCCUUCCCGGGUAACACAGUAGUGGAGCAGUUCUGCAAGGAUCCUGGUGUUCCUGAGCACGGAAUCAGAACUCCAAGCAGCGGUUUGUUCUUUGAAGACUCAGUGGCCAGGUUUGCUUGUGUGGAUGGUUAUAGCUUAAAGGGGCCAGCAAAGAUCAUCUGCACGCGCUUCCAUAAUGGAUCGGUAGGCUGGAAACCAAGCCUUAAACCAGUGUGCCUUUCAGAAGACUGUCUUCCUCCAUUCAUCGAGGAUGCUGACAUCACAAAUAAAACAUACAGGCCUGGCGACAGCCUCAUUAUUAGCUGUCAUGAGGGAUUUCAGAUCCGAUACCCUGACACGGAAACUAUGGAAUCAGUCUGUCAGUCCGAUGGGACAUGGGAUAAUCAGCCAACUUGUCAAGGCUGCCUCCGGCCGCUGAUGCCUCCACACAGUUACAUGAACGUCUCAGAAACAGAGUUCUCUGUGCCUGUUGGGACUGUAGUCCACUACCAGUGUUUUCCUGGUUACAAAUUGGAGGGACCUGAAUUUCUGGAAUGCAUGUAUAACCUCAUCUGGUCAAACACGCCACCCCGUUGCCUUGAUGUUGAGGCAUGCUCUUUACCCCCAAUGAUAAAACAUGGAGAUUACGUGUGCCACCCACAACCAUGUGACCGUUACAUUCAUGGGACGGUCGUAGAAUACUACUGUUCUUCUGGCUACUCUCUAGCGAAUGACUAUAAAUACAUCACCUGCCAGUACGGACAAUGGUUUCCACAAAUGCAGGUCUACUGCAUCAAAGAUGACACAACCUGGCCUGGUUUUCAAGACUCCCUUCUAACCACAUGGAAAGUAGUGGCAUGCACGGCCACUAGUGUGCUGCUAGCCCUGCUCUUAGUGAUCACAGGCAAGACGUUCCACUCGAAAUGCAAAUCCCAGCAAAGUCCAAGUGAAGCGCAAGCUGAGAGCCGAGAUCCAAACAUCUUGGUUGUAGAUGGUGUGGCUGUACCUCUUCCCUCUUAUGAAGAGGCUAUUAGUGGUACCUACUGUCAGCCCCCAAACGAUCCGCCCCCUGCUGGUCUGGGGAGCGCACAGCAUUCAGAAGAACAAACCCCACCUUCAUAUCCCGGGCAUACAGGGAGUCAGAAUGGGGUGCCGUUGGACACUGGUGAGGAUGAGACCUUUGAUAGCAUCUCGGACACAUCAGAAUGUUUUCAAGGCAUACAGCCAUCUUCCUCCCAUGCUGGUGGACUCAAUAACACGUCUGAGAAAACCAAUGCCAUCACCUCUAUGGAGGAAACCGCCUCCACAAGCCCCAGCAUCGACAUUGCAGAUGAAAUUCCUCUCGUGGAGGACGGUGAAGUGGACUGCUGAUCGUUACCUUUAACUAAAAAUAGGAUAUUUGAGAUUGUUUCACUCCACUGUUAGUAAUUUCAUCGUUAAUUUCUGAUUGUGUUCAACAAAAUGCCACAGGCCAAAUUACUGCUCAUAAGGAAUCAUUGCACACUUAUAAUGAAUGAGGAAGAAGAAAGGCAAUAAAAAAAUAUAAUGAUCAAAAACUAAAUAAACUCUCAAUCCUGCUUAUGAAGGAACUAUGCAUUAGACCAUAGCAUAUUACUUUAUUUUAACUUCCCCACAAUAUAUAGCAUCUAAGUUCUUUUGACUUUUACCCAGCAACUGGGCUGCAUCCUGGUCAGCUUUCAAAGGGUAUGGACUAUAACAAUUAUGAACAUUUCUUAAAUAAAUAAUAUGUUAACUUUGCAUUUUAAUUGAUUGUGAUUUAAGUUCCGUACAUUCAUCCAGGCUAACUGUGGACGAAACUACAAGCUAAAGGCAGGUGUACUGCAAACAUUAUGACAAGCUAAAAAUGUUUGUAAAAAAGUUUGUUUCUAAAGUGUAGUUGCUUAUUUGGGCAUGUUCCCAGCUCCAUAAUAAGUUAUCAAGCAGAUAUUUUCUAUAUGUGGUGCCGGAAGUAAAAAUACAAUGCAAUUUCUGCAUUGACAUAUGGGAAAUAAGCCAUAAAAACGUAACCAUACAUGGUAGACUUAAAACCAGCUACGGCUGUACUAAGCAAUAGUAUAUGCUUAUAUAAACGCCAAAGGUUCAUGGGGCACUUACCUUAUUUUGAGAUAAAUGCCUUUUAUUCGCGAUGUCUUGGAUAAGUACGUCAUUACCCACAAUCCUGAACAAUCCUACAGUGAUGCA